AUGGACCAUACGGCGUCUUGGGGCGCACCGUCUGGUGGUACAUCAUACGGGUUGGGGAAUGGUAUGACCUAUCCUCAUACGAAUCAUCCGGAAACAUGUACGCUCCAUGUGACUAACAAACAAGCCUCUCUAUCGUACGGACAAGUUUUAGCGCCUGAGUCAAUCGACCAGCACGCGACACAGCCCACGAAUUUGCCUGCAGCACAAGAAAAAGACUACGUUUUCUUCGAGCGCGACACCCGCCAAAUGAACAAAGCCACCAUUGAUGCGGCAAGAAGUGCGAAGAUUCGUUUGGAACACUCUUACCGCAUGGCGGUGAAUCAGGCCGUCGAACGCAGCCAGCGUCGAACAGAGUUGGAAAAGCGAUUGUUGAAUCCUCCUGACGGCGCAUUAGUGUCAGACGAACGUAAGGCGCGGCAGCUUGCUCAGCUUGGACGAAGAGAAACAAGUUAUUUGCGCUUACGUCGCACGAGACUCGGGUUGGCCGAUUUUCGUACUGUCAAAGUUAUUGGCAAGGGUUCAUUCGGUGAGGUUCGUGUGGUACAAAAAGUCGAUACAGGCAAGAUCUAUGCGAUGAAGACACUACGGAAAAGUGAGAUGCUUAAAAAAGAUCAGCUUGCACAUGUGCGCGCUGAGCGCGAUGUGCUUGCCGAAUCAAAUUCGCCCUGGGUCGUACAGCUGUAUUACUCAUUCCAAGAUACGGCAUACUUGUAUUUGUUGAUGGAGUUUUUGCCAGGUGGCGACCUUAUGACCAUGCUGAUCAAAUACGACACAUUUUCGGAGGAUGUGACCCGCUUUUACAUCGCAGAGUGCGUCUUGGCACUUGAAGGAAUACAUCAGCUUGGAUUUAUUCAUCGAGACAUUAAGCCAGAUAACAUCUUAAUUGACCGAAAAGGCCACAUCAAGCUGUCUGACUUCGGUUUAUCUACUGGAUUCCACAAACAGCAUGACAAUGCAUACUACCAAAAGCUGCUUGAGGAUCCUCCUCCACAAUCAUCGUCUCAAUCGAAUAGAAACUCGGUGGCGGUGAACAGUAUCACACUCACGCUCAGUAACAAGGAUCAAAUUGCCACUUGGAAGGCGAAUCGAAGAAAGCUUGCUUAUUCCACUGUCGGUACACCAGAUUACAUCGCUCCUGAGAUAUUCUUACAGCAGGGUUACGGUCACGAGUGUGAUUGGUGGAGCCUUGGUACUAUUAUGUUUGAGUGCUUGUGCGGAUACCCACCAUUCUGUUCGGACAAUGCGCAUGAUACGUAUCGAAAAAUCUUAGCAUGGCGCGAGACACUUCAAUUUCCUGAUGACAUUCAUCUUAGCCCAGAGGCAGAGGACAUGAUCCAUCGACUUAUUACCGCACCUGAGAAGCGCUUGGGACGUAAUGGUGCACAAGAGAUCAAAGACCACCCAUUCUUCGCUGGCGUCGACUGGACAACGAUCCGUCAAAUCGAUGCACCGUUUGUGCCUCAUUUGUCCAGCAUCACAGAUACGAGCUACUUUCCUACGGAAGACUACCAAGAUGUGCCAGAUGUGCCAGUUGGAGCUGAUACUGAUGUGGGUGCAAAGGACCUGGCUUUCCUUGGUUACACAUUCCGUCGUUAUGAAGCGAACGAGAAUGCUUUGUGA